AUGCAGUAUAACCAUUUCAUCGUUGAAUGUCCUCGAAUUACUAAGACCAACUGUGGGGUUUGUUUAGAGGCAAUUCAUAAAACUGAUAUAAGAAUAAAGAUUUGGCAUUAUGAGAAGUCAGAGUUUUACCAUCUUGAAUGCUACAAACCGAAACUGCAACAGUAUAUAAGCUCUCGGCAUAUAACAAGCUAUCUCAAAGGGGAGUACGCAGAAAAGUUUCAAAGCUGAUUGAACGAGUGAAAUUUAAAAUUUCCUCCAUUGGACAAGCCGUCUCAUUUUCCGCCGAAACUGAUAAAACAUGUUGAAUCUCAGCAGUCAAGGCGAAAACGUUCUUGGCUUGAAAUUUUUAAAUUCCUUCGUCCAAGAGAAGUUCUGAAUUCUAUAGCUUUUGUCAAUAAAGAAUUUUAUCAUCUUACCUGGGACCAAGAACUCUGGCGCCACUAUUGCAUAAUUUUUUUUGAUGUCCAAGCUUCUAUUGUUGACUGGCGAGCGUACUAUUGCACUUUGUCCUUGCAAGCGUGUUUCGGAUGUAAAGCAAUAAUUCAAGACUCGGAAUUUCACCGUUGCCCUCUCCUUAAUAAGCCCUUAUGCAAAAAGUGCAGAAGACAGGAUUCGAAAUUCAAAGUUUACCAUAAAAAUGCGAUUUUUUCCAAGUAUGGGAUCAACCCGAAUGUGUUAAAUCUUGAAUAUGUUCCUGGAUUUAACAAUCGGAAGGUGACCUAUCAUUUUAUGAUUGAAAAAGCGUUGUAUAGUUUUAGGGAAAAGAAUAAAGAAGUCAUUUUAGCGUAUUUUAGGAAGCUAAAAGGCUUUGACGACCUUUUGAAAAUAGUUGAAGAAAUAGAUUUAGCAAAUAUGGAUGCUAAGGAUAAUUGGCAUCUACCUAACUAUGACCAGAAAAUUCAGCACUCCUUGUAUCCUAGGGUUUUUAAUUAUAGCUUAUUUUAUAGUAUCUAUAGAGUUUAAUGUCUCCUAUGGGGGUAGACACCUCCUGCCGUCGUUGGGGUUUACAUUUUUACCUAGGAAGGACUUUUAAAGAAGACCUCAAAAGGAGUCAUUGGAAAGACGUCAACGCCAACUUUCCGGCUUCGACGGGGUUUUUAAUUAUAUCAGAUCAAAAGAAGGAGGACUGAGGUCUCUUAAAGGCAAAUCAGCUGCAUAG